AUGAUCCUGUCGCCCAUCUCGCUCUUCAUUGUCUAUGACAAAUGGGAGCCUGGGCAGCGAUUAACGCUGCUCAUCUUGAUCUACACUUCGGCAGCCCUCUCGCUUCUGUCGUGCCUUUUCAUCCUCUACGCUCUCACCAUCCUCUAUAAACUGCGUGCCAAUUCCAUUCGACGACUCGUCUUUUACAUGGUCUGGGCCGACAUGGGCGCUGCCAUCAUGUGGCUCAUCGCCGCCUCCCUCGAACCUUCCUCUUCCUCUGCCAUUCUCUCUUCAUUUUCAUAUCCUGCCUCCACCUCUGCUACUUCGCCAUUUUCGACAUCGGCACUGGACACCAACGGGACAGCCGAUGCUGGAGGGACCGUCAUCGAAUGGGGAGGAAUCGACUGGGGCUGCCGAUUGGUGUCACCACUCCAGGUCUACUUCUGCCUGGCCUCCAUCUUCUGGGCCACCAACAUCGCAACGGAGACGGUGUGGCGCAUGGGUCAUGUCACGUUCACUCCCAUGGGCGAGAUCAAACUGCCCAACGAGAGUUCGCCCUACACCUGCGCCUAUCAAAUCUUUGCGUGGGCUCUCCCGUUUCUUGUCAUCUUGCAGCCCAUGAAUUGCUCGGAAACGGGCAAGAUUACGCUCAUGUGGAUCUACAUGGCCAUCGUUGUCGCCGUCUGGGUCUACUGCGUCCUCGCCUACGCCGUGGGCAUGAUCGGGUUCAACAAGAAGCUGCAGCAGGCGGAGAUCAACGGCACCUACACGCGGACCGAACAGGAGCGAACAGAGCGACUGCAGAUACGGUGGGCCGGCUACCUCGUCGUCUAUAUUAUGACGUGGGCCUUCGUCCUUCCGCUCAACGUCGUGCAAUUUUGGGGAACGGAGCAAAGUAUGGUGGUGUUUGUGUUCACGGCGAUCGGUUGCGUAACGCUCCCGGCCAUGGGAAUGUUUAACGCCAUUGUCUAUGGCUGCAUGCCGUCAUACAAGCAAAGCGCGCUCUUUAAACAACUCUACCUACACCUGGUGGGCCUUGGCCGAUGCCGCUAUGCGUCGCACGUGGGCGAAGAGGAACACACGAAGCUGGUCCAGAAGGGUACCCCGCCACGCAACUACGGCAACGCUGGCGUGGGCGUCUACUACUCGUCCGACGACGAUGACGACUACUGGGAGAGAUAA